AUGAUCUAUCUAUCUAUCUAUCUAUCUAUCUAUCUAUCUAUCUAUCUAUCUCAUCUUUUUAUAUCUAUCUAUCUAUCUACAUCACUGUCUUUUUAUAUCUAUCUAUCUAUCUACAUCACAGUCUUUUUCUAUCUAUCUAUCUAUCUACAUCACAAUCUUUUUAUAUCUAUCUAUCUAUCUACAUCACAGUCUUUUUAUAUCUAUCUAUCUACAUCACAGUCUUUUUAUAUCUAUCUAUCUAUCUAUCUACAUCACAAUCUUUUUCUAUCUAUCUAUCUAUCUACAUCACAAUCUUUUUAUAUCUAUCUAUCUAUCUAUCUACAUCACAAUCUUUUUAUAUCUAUCUAUCUAUCUAUCUCAGUCUUUUCGUAUCUAUCUAUAUCACAGUCAUUUAUUAUCUAUCUAUAUCACAGUCCUUUCUAUCUAUCUAUCUAUCUAUCUAUCUAUCUAUCUAUCUAUCUCAGUCUUUUCGUAUCUAUCUAUAUCACAGUCAUUUCAUAUCUAUGUCACAGUCCUUUCGUAUCUAUCUAUCUAUCUAUCUAUCUAUCUAUCUAUCUAUCUAUCUAUCUAUCUCACAGUCUUUUCAGUAUAUCACAGUAUUUUCAUAUCUAUCUAUAUCACAGUCUCUUGAUAUCUAUCUAUCUAUCUAUCUAUCUAUCUAUCUAUCUAUCAUACUCUGAUCCUAUCUAUCUAUCUAUCUAUUUAUUUAUCUAUCUAUCUAUGCUUCUCUUUAUGCUUCUCUGUGUCCCUCUUUAUCCAUCUAUUUGUCUGUCUGUGUCGUUCCGGAUCGCUUCACUUUUCAUUCAUUUCAAAUUUAACUUUUACGAACAACCUGCGAUUUUGAAACUGCCACAAAAUAUCCAACAUUAUUUAUCAUAG